AAUUUAUUAAUAAAUGUAAAUUUAUAUUGGCAUAUAAAUGCAUAUAAUGUAUGUAAAUUGCAUACCUUAUAGCUAUGCAAUAUUGAUCAAUCGGGAAAUAAUAAUCAUUUUUAUUGCAAUAUUUUUACUCGCUAUAUAAAUACUGCGUAUCGUAAUAUCUUUUUGUGCAAAUAAAUAAUUUUAUUAAUAAUUUGAAACGAAAAUAUUGCAAUCCAUUAGGCAUGUAACUGUACUUAGCAGUCGGGCUAAGACAUGGACGCGCCAUUACACAGACUAUACUCGAGCUCUUCUCCUCAGCUAUAAACCGUUUUAUCCGGAAUUCACGUUGUUUAUUCUCGCUAUUAUGUGCUGUUCGGCGUCCACGAAUGACGACGCUCCGCUAAGCACGUUUCGUGAGAGCAUGAACAGCCUUGGGCUGCCAGAACAUUAAUUUACAGCAUAUUUACACUGUCAAGAUUCUCCGGGUAUGCUCUGUCGGUGAUUCCCCAAUAAUGUGAGUCCGAUUAGGCACGCUACAUUAGGCACUCCGUUUUCUACGCUCCGUCGACAGCAAAUGCGCCUUCUCGCGAAAUCGGCCGAGGGUGCUUUAAAAAGCCGGAAACUGGUGAAAAUACGCGCCAUGCGCGUGAAAAAAAAAAAAAAAGAACAUAUCUGUACGGCUUACAGGCAAACGCGUUUAAGGUUUAAUUGCGCGAGAAACGGCAGGAGUUCGCUUGAAAUGCGCUUUUUACGACGCAGCCAGUGUCGCGGCAAUCGUUAUCUCGUCGAAUAUUUCUUCUCGAGAAACACAGAUAACAAUCCGGUGCAGCUCGAAGAAUCGGUUACAAAUUAGUCGUUUGGCGCGUUUCGUUUCCACGGAAGUAGGCGUUUCUUCGGUCCGCAUAGCGGAAUACGUCUCGGAUACGUCUUAACGAGAAGAUUCUGCGUCAUUGCGCGACCGUGAGUCCCGAGAGUCUCGUAAUCGCCGAUCUUACAAAGAAGGUUUACGUAACGCGAUAUCCUGCGAUUGCCCGACAAUCCGCCACUACAUAAUUGCAUCUUUGGCACGAACGACUUAAGCGCGCUCGUGACAUUCAACGGCACGAACGAUUAGCGCCUGCCUACACGGAUGAAUCAUUACUCCGUGAAGCACGAAAAAAAUGCAAGGAUAAAAAAAACCGUUAGAAUUUUCUCCUCGUAUAACUUAUUUAUCGCUUAUUUGGCGUGCAAUCGACCUCGCAUUACUUUUAAUAAACAAUUACAACGAACAACGUUACGGGGGUAAAAUUUUUAAAGCUUUUAGCGUUGCGAUAAUAAAAGAAGCCCAAGGAAUAAAGAGUCUCUCUUAGUCGUUAGUUUCGUAGGGCCGAAAGGAGCAACAAGGGUUUUAAUGAAUCUCAAUGAAGUCCCUGCGCUCCUUGUUUGCACUUGGGAUUUAACCAAACGUUGAGGGUGACAGGAUUCAAAAUUGCUUUAGUACUGAUGUGCUGGCUGCAACGGGGCCAUAACGGGGGUGCAUUUUAGAGCGAGCACUUCGCUCAUCGUAACAGACGCAAGAUAAUGUCAUUCACGAGCAUUCAUCGUACUCUUCUCUAAGCUAUUCACAAUGAAUCAUUAUUACAGGGAAUACCCUUGUUCAGCGCGAAGUAAGUGUGCUCCAUUCUCCGAGAGAUAGCAAUAAACAUUAUGCAUAUAUUAUUCUCGUUCCUGCUUGUUAAUAUUAAUCAUAUUAAAAUCGUAAGAUCUCUAGAAUAUACUAGAUGAUAAAUCGACAUAUAAUAAACGAUAGAUCUCAGAAAUGUAAAUAUAAUUUGCUUUCAAGAAGAUAUGACCAAUUGGGAAUGUAAAAUUUUUAUUUAUCAAUUUCUUCCAAAUUAACGAUCUUAUUUACAUACAACGACGACGUUCAUUUAUAUUAGUUACCAGCUUUUCUGCAAGUCUUGCGAUAUUGAUCUCAGGAAGCAAUUAAAAUCACUGGUCCGAAUCCUACGAGAAAGGUAUAUUUUUGCUUCUACAAGACCAUCUUUGUUACGCUUUACGAGUUGGAGGCCAUUGCAAUUUUCUACGAUAAUGAUUGUCAUUACUAUAUAUACAUCCGCUUUAAGUAUUUAUCCCUUCCUUAAAACAACAGGUACAAUAUGAUAUGAGUAUUUUAUAAAAAAUCAGUAUCCCCUGUGUAUUUGCAAAAAAACGAACGAUGAAGAUGCUAGCAAAAAUAAUUCUCAGCGGUUAUUUCGCGAUCGUGACGUUUAAUAAUUUUAGCAUUGGUGUCAAAGUUUCCUCGAAUGUCGAUUUAGAUUCUAACGAAGAGACGAUUGCAUUAGACAAUACAACCUUCGAUACAAUCGUGAAUCUAAAGAAAUCUGCUAAUCCACCGGAAUCAAUCUUGCACGCGUCAAAAUCGACGUUUUGGCAUGGAAGCGAAUUAAUAAGAGCAAGUGAACCCAGAAAAAGGAAGAUCUAUCCAUCACACGAUGAUUCAGCUAAACAACCAAAAAUAAUCAAUAAUAUUCAAGUCGUUGUGAAUAACGAUAGCAUUCCAAAUGAAAAUUCUUGCGAGCAUGGUAUAUGCAACGUAACCGUUUCUUCAAAACAAGACGAGAAAGGAAAUAUUGUCACCGAGGUGCAUCUUAGCAUUAUCACAAGAGCAAAGUUAAACAAGAUCGAUGACGUUCCGGUAAUCACUGGAUUUCGAGGUGUCAAUGAGGAUCAUGCUAAGCAACCAAUUUUUCAUUCAAUAAAUUCACCACGUUUAAUGCAUACACAUUUACAUCGCGACAAUAUUCCACAGGUGAGAAUAGUCAUUUAUUGGAAUAGUCAUUUAAUGUUUUGUUGCAUAAGAAUUAUCAGUAUCAAUAAUUAAAGCUCACUUUCGAUGAUCUAUAAGUUGUAUACACAUUCUAGAUAGAUAGAAUUUUCGAUUUACAUUUUACAGAUUGGAUGCUUGAAUGUAUAUGUGUGUUUAAUUAUACUCUUGAGGCUUUCUCGAGUAUUUCUUUCAAAAUUAUAUUAUAGUUUGCAAAUUAUCACUAUGUCAUAAUAAGUGCAGUUUACUUCAUCGGGACGAGAAGCAACAAUGAUUUAUGACACAGUGGUAACUCGCAAACCACAAUACAAUGUGUGUGUUUUUUUUAUUUUUUAAAUAUAUAUAUAUUUUAGAUGUAUACACCUAUCUUAAUUAAUUCUUAAAAUUUUUUUCAUAUUGUGCAUAUAAAAUCAUAAACAGAAUUUUCCUUCAAGUUUAAGACAUAAAGUCAGAUAGAUGAUUUGAAGUUUGUUGAAAAAUUUUCUUAAUAUAUCAAUACUUAAAUACUUAAGUACUUUUCUCUCAUCGUAAUAGAUUCAAACUAAUUAUCAGAAAUAUGGUGAACCCUGGUAUGGACGGGCUUUUCGACGACCGCAAAUUUAUUGGCGCUAUCAUCAUUUUGGAAGUCAUGAUAACGCGGGAUUUCAGGGUCAUAAAACAUGGUUACGAGAUAAACCUAUAGUGGACGAUAAAAUUGAACCACCACUCAGUAAAACUAAACCUAACGAUGACACAUAAUUAUAAAAUAAUUUUUUAAUGUGAAAUUUUAAUAAUAUAAAUUUCGCCAUAUAGAAUGGUAUAUUGAAUCAUUAAGAUUGAUUUGUUGCAUAAUAAAAUUCAAAAAAAUCAUAAAAGCGUCAAGAGUUUAAUUUAUGCGUACAUAAUAGAUACAAUAAUAUGAAUAUAUUUUAAUAAGUAAAUAAUUAAAUGCGCAAAAUUGUUGUGCCUAUUCGAUGUUCCUCGAAUAGGACGUAAAUAACAUUAAUACAUAAGAAAAUUUAUUAAAAUUUUAAAUAUGCAUGAUGAGCGAUUUUUGCUCGUGAGUAGAUAA